CACUACCUUGGCCCCAUAUUGGGCCAUCACUUGUAUAUAAGGAUCCCUAAUUGUUCUACAGGUCUACUACACACCCCCCGAACCUCACUAAGAAACACCUUGCGAUCAGAAAGAACUCACCCACUGACGUAUAAACCAAGAUGGCCGACUACAGAAGACUCACAGCUCUUUGCCUGCUCGCCCUGUACGUUCUGGGGUUAGAGGUCAGCCUCGUGUCGGCUCAGACGUCAACCGUGGGGCCAGACGCGAAGACCAAACGAUUCCAGGACGCCAUCCAAUCGUGUUCACUACAAUGCCAGAUGGCCAGCGCCGCCUGCCUGUCAGCUUCCCCAAAGGCUCAAGAACUGAUGGCCAAGGAGCAGUACUGUAACGUCAUGAACCUGAAUGACGGUGGUGUCUCGACCUACGACUGCCUGGUCAAGUCCCAUGCCUGCACGCAGGGGGAGUUUGACAAGGUCAAGACCGCGGCCUGCGGCGGGGCCGCCUCACUCGUUGUGACGUCAUUCACCCUGCUCUUGUCUGCUGUUGCCCUGUUCCUCAGCAGACAAUAAAAACUGUUGUACCAUUGAUUUUAUUCUUUGUUCUUUUUAGGUCUUGCGUGGUGUGUUGACUUUUGAAAUUGUCAAUAAAUUAAUCUAGAUCUACACAA